AUGGCCUCUCAAUCUCAUUCCUCGUGGCUGAUUAUUAGCUUGUUGCUAAUUGCCCUGUUAACUUCAUCAAUAGUGUAUGCACAACAACAAAAAUUGGAUCCUCUCUAUAGGAUUAGUACAAUUGCAGGAGGUGGAUUUGAUGAUAAUGUGAAUGCAGGACAAGUUUCAAUCUCACCAACCAAAGUUAAAGUUGAUCGUAAAACUGGAAACGUUUAUGUUUCAGACAGAAUUAAUAGCAGAAUUAGAAAAAUUGAUAUCAAUACAGGAAAAGCAACCACUAUUGCUGGUAAUGGUAUCAUUGGAUAUUCUGGAGAUGGUCAAUUGGCAACUCAAGCUAACAUUAACAAUCCUGGAAAAGUUGAACUCUCUUCCACUAACGAUAUUUACUUUGCUGAUACUGAAAAUCACAGAAUUAGAAAAAUCUUUGCUAACGGCACUAUUAUAACAAUUGCUGGUUGUGGUAAAUUUGGUUUUGACUUGAAUGAAGUUUCUCCUGUUCCUGCCAGUGAAGCCAAAAUUAACUUUCCAAAAGCUGUCAAACUUUCUCACGAUGAAAAACAAUUGUACAUUACUGACACUGCUGCUCACAUGAUCAAAUCAUACUCAUUCGAAACUGGAUUAGUUUCUAUUAUUGCUGGUUCCCUCUAUCGCGUACCAGUCAACAAUGAAACAACAACAGUAGGUGUUGAAUCUCCAAUGGGUCUUUCAAUCAAUCCUGAAACAAAGGAACUUUACUUUGUUGACAGUAUUGGUGUUAAAAAGAUUAAUCAAAAUGGUACUGUUGAAUUGGUUGUUGGUGGUAGCACUGACAAAUUCAGUGGAGAUGGUGGUUUGGCAAUCUUGGCUGGUAUCUCAGCAACUGAUAUUGAAUUUGCUGAAACUACUACACUUUACAUUGCUGACACCAAUAAUAAUAGAAUCAGAGUUGUUGGUACUAAUGGUUUCAUUAAUACUAUUGCUGGUAAUGGUGUUAUGGGAGGAAGUACUGCUGGCGUUCAAGGUGUUGAUUCUCCUGUUAUUGCUGGUGGUGUUUCAUCUUUUGAUGGUGAGGUCUACUUUGCUGAUCUUUACACAGUUUCCAAGGUUGACGUUGGUGGAUUUAUUAGACGUGUUGCUGGUAAUGGACAACCUAAAUAUUUGGGUAAUAACAAGUUGGCCACUGAGAGUCAAUUGUUCCAACCAAGAGGUGUUGCUGUUUCACCAAGUGGUGAAGUUUUUAUCAGUGAUAUUGCUGAAGAUACAGUUAGAAGAAUUGGUAGUGAUGGUAUUAUUACACCAUUUGCUGGUGGUUCCUAUGAAAAUGUAGUCAAUCAAGAUAAUGUUCUUGCUCUGAGUACUUACCUCAACAAUCCUAAAGCUCUCGAAUUCUCAUCAGGUGAAUUAUUCAUUUCUGACAUGAACAGAAUUAGAAAGAUCAAGGACAAUCUCAUCUCUACAGUAACUGGUUCCAAAACAUCAGAUAGACCACAUGGUAUUGCUAUCUUUAAUGGAAUGAUUUAUGUUGCUGAUCCAAAAACUCACAGAGUCAUUCGUAUUUCACAAGAUGGUUCUUCUACUGUUAUUGCUGGAACUGGCGUUGCUGGUUAUUCAGGAGAUGGUCAAUUGGCUACUCAAGCUCAAUUGUUCAACGUUUCUGGUGUCUCUGUUUUACCAAACGGUGAGGUUGUCAUUGCAGACACCAGUAACCAUAGAAUUAGAAAGAUCAACAUUGAUGGUAUCAUUCAAACUAUUUGUGGUACUGGCGUUGCAGGAUAUUCCGGGGAAAACAUUUUGGCCACUAACUCUCAAUUGAACUUGCCAAUAGAUGUUGAAGUUUCUCCAAUCAGUAGUGAAAUCUUCAUUGUUGAUACUAAUAAUCAUAGAAUUAGAAAAAUCAAUUCUGAUGGUAAACUUGUAACAAUUGCUGGUACUGGAGUUGCAUCUUUGAAUGGAGAUGGACAAAUUUCUACCUUUGCCUCAAUCAACACUCCAACUACAAUCUCAAUCUCACCAACCACUGGUCAGAUAUUUAUUGCUGAUUAUGAAAAUAGAAGAGUUAGAAAGUUGGAUCCAUUCUUUAUUGAAUCAUUCAAUUACAAUCUUACCUCUGGUGGAGAACUCAAAACUGAACCAGUUAAAAAUUUGGAACAAUUAGAUGCCAAGGUUGUUGUCUUUGAAAAGACAGAUACUAUUACCGUAACCUUCCCUCCAAAUUUUAAUACUCAACUCAACAAUUCCAAUCAAAAUACCCCAACUACCGAUUUAACCCUAGUAAGUUCUGUCUACGAAGUAGAUAAAGAAAAGGAGAAUCCAUCCCAAGUUGAGAAAGCAAUCAGCAGUCCAAUUGUUACUGUUUCCAUUCUUCAAUCAGAUGGUUCUCCAUUCAAAGUUAAAGAACUAUCAACACCAAUUGACAUUUACUUUAAAGAUGUACUUGUCUCAAAUUAUGACAGCAAGGAACCAUUUAAUUACACUUGCAUGUAUUUCAAUACUGAAUUCAACGAAUGGAAGAAUGAUGGUGUUGAAACAGUUUUAGUCAAAUCAAACGUUGACUCAAACACACUUGUCUUUACCAUGACAUGUAAAACUAGUCACUUGACAUCCUUCUCAGUUAUCGACCUCAAUUUAAUCAAGGAAAACAAACCAAGAUCAUCAGCUGGAUUGAGCAAUGAAGCCAUCAUUGCCAUUGUAGUUUCCAUUGUUGGUUCUGUCUUGGUCAUUGGUGUCGUUUCUGCAAUCAUUAUCACAACUUGUUGUGUUUUGAAAUUGAAGAAUAAGGGUGCUGCAACUAAAAUCUAAAUAAAUUCUAAUUGAUAAU